GCCCUCCCCUCCUGGGCUGGGGGGAGGCUGUUUACCAGCACGGAGCAGCUCAGGCGAGCCUCCGAGCGAGCGACCCGCAGCCAGGCGGCCGGCCGGGGAGCCGGGCAGCGAGCGGCCGAGCGCUUGGCCGGGGCAGCCGGAGGACCAGCAGCCGGCGGGGUGGCCAGCCCGGCCGAGGAUGCGCUCCGGGAUGCCGCUGCCCCUGCCCCUGCCCUGGGGGCCCGCGCUGCUGCUCCUGGGCACGGCGCUCCUGGACGCAGCCUCGGGGUCCCGGGGAGGCUGCUUCUGGGACCGGGGCCAUCUGUACCGAGCAGACCAGAGCGCCGCUGCCCAGGGACUGCUCUGUCUCAAUUGGCAGGAAGUGCAAAGCCAGGGGGCAGAGAUCCUCGCCACCGCGGAGAACCACAGCUUCUGCCGGAACCCGGACUCGGACCCCGCGGGGCCCUGGUGUUACGUGAGCGGCUUGUCAGGAGCCCCCGAGAAGCGGCGCUGUGAGCCCGUCCCGUGUGCAGGGACCCCUCCUCAGGAAACCUCACCCGUCCCCACCGAAGCAGAGGCGUCUCAGGGAACCCAGGGGGCCGACGGGGAGGUCUUCGCUGUGGCCGACUCUUUGCCUUCUCACAGUGAGUCGGCGGCUGUGCAGCCUGUGAUUGGGGUCCGCCAGAGAGUGAGGAUGAGCGCCUCAGAGAAGAAGGACCUCGGGACCCUCGGCUACGUCCUGGGGAUCACCAUGACGGCGCUCAUUGUCACCAUCGGGGCCGGCAUCGUCCUGGGCUACGUCUACAAGAGGGGGAAGGACCUCAAAGAGCACCAUGAGCAGAAGGCCUAUGAGCGGGAGAUGCAGCGGGUCAGCCUGCCCUUGUCCGCCUUCACCAACCCCACGUGCGACGUGGUAGAUGAGAAGGUCGUCGUGGUCCACGGCCGGCAGACACCCGUGGGGGACGCCAGGGACGGUGAUGCGCCCCUCAUGGGCCGGGCCGGCACGCCGGGGGCCUGAGCCCGCGCUGGGAGGGACACGGCAGGACGGCCCCUCUGCCUCCGGGGAGGCCGUCCAUCCACUCCUUUCUGUCCCUCAGGGCAGGGGUCACCUGUGGCUAGAGGGGUGCUGGGCACAGGGGCUUCCCACCGCUCAAGCCAGGGCUGGGGUGGCCUGUCCCGGGGACACCUUUUGUGCUCUAGCAUUCCACAUGGCCUUCUUCCCGGUGCCCGUACUGUCACCUCUGUAGUUCAGGAAGAUGGCGGCCUUGCCCGGGUCCGAGGGAGAGGCCACGGGGAAAGCGGCCUCUAUCGUUUGGGCCCGGGGACUUGCCACGGCCCUCCGUGGCCGGAACUCAGUUUGUGCACCUCGAAACAGAGCUCUGCGUGCUAGAAAAAGGGGGAGUCACCAGGCUGUUCCUGGGGCCACAGGCAGGUGCCUCCGGCCAACCCAGGGAGUCGGGGCCAGGAGUGUAGGGCCGAGGACGAUAUUAGACACUUCCCGACGGUCUCAGGAAUGCGCUCCGUGUGGGACCCCCCAGAGGCUGGCAGAAGCUCGAGGCUCCGAGAGAGGGAAGUAGAUGGUUCUGGCAGUCCUUCCUGCCUCUGGGCAGGCUGGCAGCCCAGGACAGGCUCAUUCCCUCGGGGUCAGCGUCUCCGAAUCGCUCCUGCCGGGCUCCUCCGACUUUCCCUCCGUUACUCAUAAGGCCUUACGAGGGAGGGAGUGCCUGGUCCUGCCCCCCAAUCCAAGCAGCUGCGUGUGUGUGCAUACGUGUGACUGGUCCUGCCCCCAAUCCAAGCGGCUGCAUGUGUGUGUGUGUGCGAAUGUGCCAGGCCCAGCAGUGUGCCCUGCCCUGGGGCAGCCCCUGGCAUCCCUAAGACUGGCUGGCACGGGGGCCGCCCCCAAGGCUGCGUGAAUGGCUCCGGCGCCUUUGCCCAUCUCUGUUUUCUAUACCUCACCGAACACCUGCACCCGCGGGCAGGAGGCCACUCGGGAUCCAACUCGGCGAAGCCCUAUUAAACAGGACAAAACGCA